UUUACAUUUAUUAGUUUAACCUUUGCUCUUUGGCAUUCAGCAUCUCUAGCCAUGGCUGCUAUUAUCACAUUCAAGCUCUCAUUGCUAUUAAGCCUCCUCUCAGUUUCAUUCUUCGGUGUCAGUUCAGAUACUAUCCUUCAGAAUGCAGGGACAAUUCCCCCAACUUGCAAGCGCAUAGAGUGUCCCACCUAUGAUGUCAUACAAAUCAGCAAUGGCUAUGAAAUCCGUCGCUAUAAUUCAACAGUGUGGAUUUCAAAUUCUCCCAUUCAAGACAUUUCACUGGUUAAAGCUACAAGAACUGGCUUCAGAAGGCUAUUUGAUUAUAUUCAGGGUAAGAACAACUACAAGCAGAAAAUUGAGAUGACAGCGCCUGUGCUUAGUGAAGUCUCACCAAGUGAUGGACCCUUUUGUGAGUCCUCAUUUGUUGUCAGCUUCUUUGUGCCAAAGGAGAACCAAGCAAACCCACCUCCUGCAAAGGGUCUCCAAGUCCAAAGAUGGAAAACUGUGUAUGCAGCAGUUAGGCAGUUUGGUGGAUUUGUGAGUGACUCAAAUGUUGGGGAAGAAGCUGCAGCCUUGCAAGCUAGUAUUGCUGGCACUGAGUGGUCUUCUGCCAUUGAGAAAAGCCAUAAAGCUGGUCAUUCUUCUGUUUACUCUGUGGCACAGUACAAUGCCCCUUUUGAAUAUGAUAAUAGGGUGAAUGAGAUAUGGUUCUUGUUUGAUAUUGAAAAUUCACUGCAUGCCAUGUGAAAUAUGCUAGAUAAGAACUGUUCCCCAGUUCUAGAUAUCAUGUAAGCUUACAACUUGAAGGCAAUAUUCAGAUUGCAGCCUGAGGUGUUAGGACAUCUUGAGUUGAUAAAUAAAGUGUUUCACAUUUUGCUAAAUCGAUGCUUUCUGAGUGACUAACGUUUUGGUUCACUAUUGCUGGUAUAAGAUAACCAUAUGGUAGAUAUCUCAUCAAAUACUGGUUUUCUUUUGGAAAUAAAGGAUUUGAUUUGUCUGCA